AUGGCAUCAUCUUCGUCGUCACACUCCCUGACAGAUAGCUCCUCUGGCACAGCGGGCAGCUCGUCCAGCGGCCCGCUCCCUGGUACCAAGACGCAACUCGAUCUGCUGCUCGAGCAAUUCAAGCUACAGUCAUCGCCACUGAAGCCCCAAACGGAUCAGAAGAUCAAGUCAAGAAGAAGCAGGGGGAAGGAAAAGGAGAACGUGAUUGGGAAAGAAAAGGAAGGCGUAGCAUCUACCCUUGCGAGACGUUCGCGUCUGGGGGCCUCGUCGGAGAGCUUGGCCAGUGACUCUUCUCGAUCGAGGUCCAGUGGGUCGUUUGCGAAAUCAGCUCUUCAGCGCGAUACUUCGUCCUCGCCUAUUCUGUCGGUCACUACCAACACUACUAUGGCAGACGCUUCUUCGGGCCCUAGCGAAAAAUCCUGUCAUCCCCGUCCAUCCCUCCCCCGCCUUCCUCUAUCCCCUGCGAAACGAGGCCCUGUUCCACGCAUAGGUUUGGGGUCCCAAGGCAAGCUGUCUAAGCCUCAUGGAACUCCUUCCCGAGUGUCGAGCAGCAAGCCCUUCAAGACUCCUUUUCUCGAGCCCAGAGAGGGUCUGAGAUCGAGCCCUCGCCGCACGACCGCAGCCCCGAUCCCUAGGCCCGCUUCCAAAGCGCCCAUCUCCUCUGUACGGGCCCCUUCUCCCCGAUCCGCUCCCUCCAAACGAUCGGCCCAAAGCCUGCAGUCUCUACCCACCUCUGUAGACAGCAGCUCUCGUGAUCUGGCUCCUGCUGAAGGCAAGGGAAGGUUCACAAAUUUUGAUGUGGGAGAGAAUGAUCCGGAGGGCGAUAAGAGUUUCGAUUCUAUGGACGGAUUUUUCGAUGAGAUGGGGCCAGAGGUCGAGAUGCUUUUGAAGCAGUGUUGA